AUGAGCGGCCUUCGAGGUGUUAUGAAGGAUGGCUGGCACCCGAAAGGUCGAGAUGGGGGAAAAGAGUCCUGGAGGGGUGACUUCAAGGGUAUUAAUCAAGUGCUCCCAUGCAUCGGUACUGAUUAUUUCCAUGCUGUCACAAAGGCCGGUUGGAUGGGCAAAAGUAGAGAUCCUAAGGCAGGUGACGCUUCGCAAAGUCAUGUAUCUCGACCACUGGCUACCCUCAAAGACCCCGCUUCGUUUGGCCCUCCUCCGAAAAACGUCAACUAUCACGGCGGUGCGGCCUUACCGAACGAGAUAACACCACACCGGGGAGGAAUUGGGGCUCCCUUAACACGAGAGCAAGUCGAAUCUGCCCGCCGUGCUGCCCAAGGCGAGGUGGAAGAGGAGCCAGAGGAGGCAAGACCCAGUGGCCCUCCUUUGCCCUACCGUGCAGACACUACUGGUCUUAGGACUGAUCACUUGCCUCCGCCCCCGACCGCAAAUCGAAACUUCAAUGGAAGCCCAGCUCCUGUAAACGGGACGCAGCAAAUACCAAAACCAAAACCUGGCCUGCCACCUAGGUUACCUUCCCGCCAAAACACCGCCAGUAGUGCCACUGCACCGACGGCCUCUCCACCUCCUCCUGCCUAUGAAACUGUUCCGCCAAAACAAGCCAGCCCCCAACCAAGUACGCAUUUCGGGAUCAAUCAAGCUGCUGUCAAUCGACUCGGGCAGGCGGGCGUCUCAGUCCCUGGGCUGGGUAUUGGAUCGCAAUCUUCAGCCACCAACCCAUGGCAAGACGAAAAAAGCCAGUCCUCUACUGCACAAAGCGCAUCACCCAACCCAACUCACUCGUCGACCGCUCCAGCUACCAAUCAACUCUCCGAACUUCAGUCCCGCUUUUCCCGUAUGAGUUCAACAGGGAGCAACCCCAAUACCCAGCUAGACAUCCAAACGCCUCCAUCUACAACUGCCCAACCUCAAUCUCAACCACAACCACAACCCACAACUUGGGCUGAGAAGCAAGCAGCGCUCCGUACCGCCUCCAAUUUUCACAAGGAUCCAUCAACUGUAAGCAUGGCUGAUGCCCGAUCUGCCGCCACCACUGCCAACUCUUUCCGUGAGCAACAUAAAGAACAAAUUUCGGCGGCCGGUCUACGCGCCAAUCAGUUCAACAAGAAGUACAACGUGACAGGGAAGCUCAACAGCUUUCUUGAAAAGCACAGCUCUCCUUCAUCUGAAACACCACCCCAGCUACCCCAACAGCAACAACAGCAGGUGGUCAAUCCAGGCACAGUACAUGAUCCCUACAACUCUGGAGCGGUCGCGUCACCAAGUCUCCAGCAGCAUCAACCAGUGCAACAACAGAGUCCCGAGCUCACAGCAUCAAUAGCGAGAAAGCCACCUCCCCCACCACCGCCAAAGAAGCCCGCCAAUAUGCAUGGAAAUCUCAAUGGUGUUAAUGGAAGCGCGAAUGCAGGUCCAGCAUCUCCCCCUCCUGUCCCACUGGGGACGAAACCAGGUUAUGCUUAG